CCACAGAGACUUUAAUAAGAGCAGAUUGUCAGUCAGCAGCUGAACCAUCAGAGCUGCCGUUUCAGUUUGAAGUCGAAGAAAACAUCAGAAGACAUGAAGCCUCUCUGGUUCCUCCUCCUGUUUCUGCUGGCAGGUGCAGUGGGUCAGUCUGUGAAGUAUAAAUACAGAGAUGUGUGUGCAGCACAGGGAUCCACGGUCACCCUGCCCUGCACCUUCACCCCAUCUACUGGAGCAACGAUCAUCAGAGCGAUCUGGUGUAAGAACCAUGAGAUCUGUCAGGGUCACACUCCGUCUGUAUACGACAGCGAGUCUGCAAACAACAGCCCUGUUUACAAAUACCUGGGAGACAAGGAGGAAAACUGCACUUUACAGAUCGAAAAAGUACAGAAGAGCGACAACGCAACCUUUCGCUUCAGAAUGGAAGCAAAUGUGCCAAGCGGUCAUUUCACAGGACGAUCAGGGGUGAAAGUCAAUGUUGUUGAACCUGUAAUGGAAGUGAACUCCAGCAGUGACACCAAGUUUGAAAGAGGUGAAACUGUCACUUUGCACUGCACUUCACGCUGCUCCUUCCACCAGCUGGAGGUCUCCUGGUUCAAAGAUGGCAGCAUCCUCUCAGGAUCUGGCACCGCCCUCCAGAUCGGCCCCCUGACUGCAAGCGAUUCUGGGAACUACACCUGCACUCUGAGGGCGAACAUGAACUCGCUUUCGGCGCCGUUCAGUCUACAGCUGGAAGGAGGAGAAUCUGGUGGAACACUGGAUGAGAUGGAGGUUUCUCGUGUGGUUCUCUUCACUCUGCACACGGUUCUCUUAGUCGUUGUAGCGUUGGUUGUCAUCAAAAGAACAUUGCUUGCAAGAAAACUGCAGCAGAAAGCUGAAGGAAGCAAAACAGCAGCUGCUGCUGCUGGUCAUGCACAAGCCACGCCGUAACACUGUCCUGUGAUUGUGUUUAAUUUGAUUUGUCUGUUUUUCCUUGUUAUAAGUUCAUAUAGUUUAAUGAAUUUAAUUCCGCUUCACAGCCCUCAUCAAAUAUAUGGUUUACAGAGAGCAUCACAUCAAUGGAAUUCAAAACCACAAUCAAUUACAGAGUCAUCGUCUUAUUUAUUUAUCUGUUUACAAUUUUAAGAAAAGGCUCAUUGAGAACCAACAACAGUGAUGCUGUUAUCCUCCACAUUUAAUAAUAAUUAGAAUCAUAAUAAAUCUGUGUUUUUGACUGAGUUGUGUUGUAUUUAACUAUUUUGUUCAAUGUAUAUGCUUUUAAUUUGUGUUGUGUGAGCUUUUAUGAGAACAUAGACUGAAUUACCUGAUAUACAUGCUGUACUAUAACUGUUCACUUUGUCAGAAGGGAUGUACUGUAAAAAUGAGCCUUCUGGAUACCUCAGGUACAUUUAUAUUUAUUUGCAUGUUGAUAAUCUCUUAAGUGACCAAAUAAAAACGUUAAAUACUUUUA